AUGGCGUACUCGAGAAUGUCCGCGCUAGCCUGUGCGCUGCCCCUGGUGGCGCUCGUCCUGGCGUCGCUCUGCCUCAACGCCUCCGCCGAGCUCGCCGUCCCCAAGGCUGCCUCGUCCGCGCUUGCCGCUGCCAUGUCCGGCGAUCUGGCUCAGCUCGACGCCACAAAUGCUCUCAGCGACGACGCUGCGACGAGGAGGAUUCUCGACGAUGACGACGACGAUGAUGACGAGGACAAGGACAAGAAGAAGAAGGACAAGAAGAAGAAGGAGGACAAGAAGAAGGAGGACAAGAAGUCGAAGAAGUCUCCUCCCACUCCCUCGCCUUCAACUCCCACCACUCCCAACAAGAAGGGCGGCAAGAAGACUCCCCCCACUCCCACAACCCCCGCCACUCCUGGCAAGCCCGCCACUUCCGGCAAGCCCGGCACGCCCGGCGCGGGGAAGCCGGCAGUGAAGCUGAGCGGGUCGGACUCGAAGGUGGUAUCGCUGCUGGAUGCGGCGGCGGUGGACGUGGACAGCGCCAAGGCGAAGCUCUCCGUCAAGACGUACGUCAAGAGCCUCACGGACACGGCGGCGGCGCUGCGCAACGCCGCCAUUCUGAUUCGCACUGGGCAGCGCGCGCUGGUGGCGGGGCAGAUCGACAACUCGAUCGCCACCAUCAACGGUGUGAGCAUCAUGCUCCCCGCCGGCGGCGCCGACAAGAGCCUGCUCGCGUCCGCCCUUGGCAAGGCGCAGAGCGCCAAGGCCGCGUGGAAGGCGGUGAGCAUUCUUCCUCAGCUGUUCCUGCAAACGCCAUUGCCCUGCUGCCUUCAGGGCAGGCAGCACCUAGCAGGAGCGGCACGGCAACCAACAACGACACUGCCCCCAGCAUCAGCUGUUCCUCCCGGCGCACAGAAGAAGGCAGCUGACUGCUUCUCUCGUUGUGAUGUUGCCACAACUGGCGCGUUGAAGUUCACCGCUGCACCACGAUCUCCUGAUACUUUGAUGACGGGAAUACUAUUUCCUACUUGUUAA